AUGGCGCAAGGGGCCAUGACCGACACCGUGACGCUGAGAAACUCGGUGCGGGCGCCGCAGCUGGGCUUCGGCGUCUACAAGUCCCCGCCAGAUGUGUGCGUCAAGUCGUGCCAGACAGCGCUCGAGAGCGGCUACCGGCGCAUCGACACGGCGCAGCUUUACGCAAACGAGGCCCAGGUCGGGCUGGCCGUCAAGCAAUCCAAGAUUCCGCGCGCCGACGUGUUUCUCGCCACCAAGAUCCUCGAGGCCGCGGGCUCGGUGGACCGGAGCUACGACAAGUGCGUCGAGAGUGUCUGCAAGCUCGAUGGGGAUGGCUACGUGGACCAGUUCCUGAUUCAUAGCCCCAAUGCCGGCGAGGCGCAGAGGCGGGAGAUGUGGCUGGCGCUCGAGAGGCUGUAUGAGCAGGGCAAGACGAAGAGCAUUGGCGUAAGCAACUUUGGCAUCAAGCACAUUGAGGAACUGAAGCAGUAUGCGACAGUGUGGCCGCCGCACGUCAACCAGAUCGAGCUCCACCCCUGGAUGCAGCAGCGCGAGAUUGUCCAGUAUUGCAGGGACCACGGCAUCGUCGUCGAGGCAUACUGCCCGCUGGUGCGCAAUACCCAGGCCGAGGACGCGACGCUGGUGCGCAUCGCCGACAAGCACGGCGUCACGCCAAGCAGGGUCCUGGUGCGGUACUGCCUGCAAAAGGGCUGGGUGCCGCUGCCAAAGAGCGACACGCCGGAGCGCAUCAGGGCGAAUGCCGACGUUUUUGGCUUUGACCUUGAUGGCGACGACAUGGCUGCGCUGGAUGGGCUGGACCAGGGGCGGGCCGGGGCGAUUGUGCAGCCUGUGGAUAACUAG